AUGGAGUCGACAGUCGAGGCGCGAACCAAGCUCGCCUACAAGAAUCGAUGGAGAACUCUCUACAACAACCCCAAGCUUAUCGUCAUCGCCCUCUUUGCUUCAUUCGGUGGUUUCGAGUAUGGCUACCAGCAGGGUGUCCUCGGCCAGUCCCUGGUCAUGACUCGUUUCAAGGACAACUUCCCCUCCGUCGUCGAGUCGUCCAGCGCCACCGGUUGGCUCACCUCCAUUCUGCAGCUUGGUGGUAUCCUGGGCUCGCUGUCUGCCGGUGUCCUCGGUGAGGUCAUCUCAAGAAAGUACACCAUGUUCUCAGCUUGCUGCUGGGUCAUCCUGGGCAGCUACCUCUAUGUCGGCGCCACAUACCACAACCCUUCCAUGCUCUACGCCGGCCGAUUCUUCACUGGUAUCGGUGUCGGAACUUUCUCCGGUGUUGGCCCCCUGUACAACGCCGAACUGUCGUCCCCCGAACUCCGAGGUUUCCUCGUCUCCUUCUAUCAAUUCUGCACUAUUCUCGGCAUCAUGCUUUCGUUCUGGAUCGGAUAUGGCAGCAACUACAUCGGAGGCCAUGGUGAUAGCCAGAGCAACCUCGCGUGGAUGCUCCCCUCCAUCAUCCAGGGAAUUCCCGCCGUCCUCCUCGCCUUGGGUAUCUGGUGGCUCCCCUUCUCCCCUCGCUGGCUCGUGAAGAAGGGCCGUGAUGAGGAGGCUAUCAAGACACUUUCUUAUCUCCGUAACCUGCCUAUCGAGCACGAGCUCAUCCAAGUCGAGUACAAGGAGAUUAAGGCCGAGUCUUUGUUUGAGCAGCGUGCUUUUGCUAAGCAGUUCCCCAACCUGGCGGCCAAGGAGCAGGGCAACAUGUGGGUGCGGGAGUUCGCCCAGUACUAUAAUAUCGUCCGAACCUGGGACAAUUUCAAGCGAGUUGCCACAGCCUGGCUGGUUAUGUUCUGGCAGCAGUGGAGUGGUAUCGACGCCAUCAUCUACUAUGCCAGCCAGGUCUUCGAGCGACUCGGUCUGACCGGCGGAACUCAAGCCCUGCUUGCCACCGGAGUUACUGGCGUUGUUUUCUUCGUUUCGACCCUUCCUGCCAUGGCUAUUAUCGAUAAGGUGGGCCGCAAACCCAUGUUGUACGCCGGAUCGGUCGUGAUGUGGAUUUCCAUGGUGAUCGCCGGAAUCAUCGUCGCCAAGUUCCAACACGACUGGGAAUCUCACGCGGCAGCUGGCUGGGUAGCAGUUGCCUUCAUCUGGGUCUAUGUUGGAGCAUUCGGAGCCACAUGGGGGCCAGUUUCGUGGACUUUGGUUGCUGAAAUCUUUCCUCUAUCUAUCCGAUCGAAGGGUUCGUCGAUCGGUGCGUCGAGCAACUGGCUUAACAACUUCGCGGUUGCCUUCUACGUUCCCCCGAUGUUCGAGACCCUCGAAUGGGGUACUUACAUCUUUUUCGCCGGCUUCCUCGCGUGCAGCAUCGUCUGGCUGUACUUCUGCCUCCCCGAGACCAAGGGUGCAACUCUCGAGGACAUGGACCGUAUCUUUGGAAGCCGAACUGGUGAGGAGGAUGCCAAGAUGCUGGACGAGGCCCGCCAUGACGUUGGUCUGGGACCCGAGUUUGAGAUUGAUGCUCUUAAGGCGGAGAAGAUGCUUAUGGAGGGCGAGGAAGCCGAGGCCAGACCUACUUCUCACCAUGAGAAUGCCUAG